AUGUUUCCAGACAUAGUCAUGAAUGGAAAUCCACUACUCGGGUCCAUCUGGGGUGAUCAUGCUGCCGGACCCUUCAACUUUAUGCAUGCUGGUUACGGUGUGGGAGCCGCUCUGGCACCACUUCUCUUGUCGCCAUUCACUUUCGAUGCGAAUUUUACCGUCCACGACUCUAUUUCUACUGAGUCGAACUCCAGCCUGCCUGACGGAAAAAGUGAUCUGGUGCAUAUGCUGCCACCUUGCAGUAUCAUUGCUGGACUGUGUCUCCUCUCAGGUCUCUUCUUGAUCUCUCUUCGCUGCCAACAGAGCCAUGUGCGCUCAUCUCCUCCAUUCUCUGGUAAAGGCUUCAGUCUGGCCCGCAUAGCCACCUUCCUCGUCAGUCUUUUAGUUCCUAUCAGGUGGCUCUUUCUACUUCAACUGGUGGGCACUUGGGGAAUAUCGCUAGGCCUAGUAUUCGCACCGGCUGAACGACCCUAUGUCUACGCGUUGACUGUCCUUUUUGGACUCUUCAAAAGUCCCCUUUUCCCAUCUGGCUUGAGUGUCAUCAAUGAAGCCGUCGAAGUGUCGGGUUUCAUCGUCUUCUUUGUCAAUCUCGCUGUUCACAUUGUCAAACGGCGAAACGGUCGAGCAACUUUGACCCACGUAGAAACAGAUGGCAAUCAGGAGGCAGUCUUUUAA